AGGAUUAACCAUCCAUACUGAAAUCUCAUAUCACAUUCUGUACGCGUUCAACUCUUGUUGGGCCUGUUAUUGGGCCCUAAUAGUACAAUUAAUAAGUCCCCGACUUUAAAUUAAGUCGCCGAUUUUUUAAUACAUCAGUAUUAGGCGAAAGAAACCCGGUUAUCUGCCUAAGAUAACCGUUUAGCUUAAAAUCGCGGCGGUUUGCCUCUGGUCGGCCGAUUAAUCGUCUAAGCGGGCGAUUUCUCGAACACAGAAGACUUUGAAGCUCUCUUUUUCCCCAAAUCUCCAGCGUAUUCUAAUCGCAACUUUAAAAGAUGAAACGACUAAGAUCCAGCAGCGACGACCUUGAUUCCUACAAUGAUAAGAAUAUUGACGGAGAACCUCUAAACUCUGACCGCACAGCCUCUUCCUCCCAUCGAGGUUUCUUCCACAAGUCCUCCAGUCGCAGAGGACCCAUAUCCCCUGCCAGAUACGACCGUGACCGCCAGCCUUUUUUAUCCAGUGAUGAUGCCAGUUUCUCAAGGGGUUUGUCCCAUAGGCGAUUCAGUCGUGACUUUGAUAACAAUCGAAGGAAAGAACCUGAUGUCCGGUACAGAGAGGAUAGGCUACAUCGAUCUGAGAGCACUUGUUUCUCAAGGAGGGCUUUUCCAAAGGGAUUCCGUUCCGAGAGGGAGAGGCCUAAAAGGGAAGCUAGUGUUUCUUCUUGGAGGAGGUUUGGUGGUCUAGGGAAUGAUUUUGGCAGGGAUGACCGAGACAGAGAAAGGGGAGGGCUUUCUUUGAGAUUAAGGGAUGGAGAGAGGGAAAGGAGUGUCAAGUCCCCUACUUGGUCUAGAGACUCUGGUAAUGACCAAUCAAAAUUGAAAAUGGAUUCGAGAAAUUUCAGGUCUAGAUCCAAAUCUCUGGCUUCUCCGACUUGGUCCAAAGAUUCUGGGAGUGAGCAGUCCAAGAGUGUUGGAAAUGUUGUGAAGAAAAGCGAGGAAGAAGUGCAGGGUAAGGGUAGUAGAAGCAGUAGCAACGAGAUGGAGGAAGGAGAGCUGGAGCCUGAGCCUCAACUAGAGGCUGCAUCUGAGGCUGCUCAUACCACACAUGACAGUGAAGACCAAAAGAAAGAAAGGAUCGAUAGUAGCUUCCAGAACACUAAAAGAAACGGUGAGUUUGAUGAUAAAUUAAGAAAAGCCGAAACUGAAGUUAACAAGGAAGUCAGUCAUAUUGGUGGUAAUAGGGAAACGAAAACGGCUGAGAGUAUAAUAGAUAGAAAAAGUGUUGAAAUAGGAGAAAAUGUGCCUGAGCAUGCGACUGAGAGCAUGCCUACUUCUCAAAGCAACGUGAAUGAUACAACUUUGGCUAGUGAACAAGAGCUUAGAGAUGACAGAAACACUGCUGUUGUCAAUGCGAUUACAGUUGCGUUCGAUGAUAAAGGUGAUAGGGUAGAGGAAUAUAAAGUGAACCAUGAAGUGAGGUUGGAAGAAAGUCUUUUCCCAGCUGUUCCCGAAGGGUUUCAGUCAGAAGAGCUUAAGCGAGUGAAGGGUAGUGAUGGUAAUGCCAACAAAGCAGAAGUUGAAGCCCUGGUAUGUGUUGAGGAAAACACUCUAGGAAAUAUAUCGCCUGCUAAAUACAUUAGCAUUGUAUCAGAUAGCUCCAUCCACAAAUGCGAGGAUAAGGGCAAAAAUUUGGAUGUCCCAAUUGCUCUGUUACAUGAAAAUGCUGUCUUGUCUGAAGGAAAAUCUGAGGAUCUUACUGACAGGGAUAAAGAUGAAGAUAACUUCGGAGGACCAAGUAUCAGAGGGUUUGAACUGUUUUCUAGUUCUCCGGUUAGAAAAACAAAUAAAACAGAGCAGUCGAUUGUCAACAAGCCAAAGGAUGAGAAGUUGUUGUUGGAGCCGCUGGAUCUAUCACUUAGCCUACCAGAUGUAUUGUUGCCAAUUGGUGGCCAAGAUACUAAUCAGCCUCUGGGUUCACCAGCCCGUUCUGGAAGUGUUCGCUCUUUGACAGAUACUUUUUGUACCAAUUCCGAUGGCUUCACCAUGUCUAUGUCCUUUUCAGGUUCUCGUUCGUUUAAUCAUAACCCAAGCUGUUCGUUGAAUCAAAAUAUUGGAGAUAAUGAGCAGUCAGUUCAUAGCCGGCCUAUAUUUCAAGGUAUAGAUUGGCAGGCUCUGUCUCAUAACGAUUCAAGGUACAACGAGAAUACAGUCUAUCAAAAGCUGAUGGAAAAUGGAAAUGGUUCAGUUCAUCCUCACACAAUGAAAGGCAUUUUAAUUCCGGGCCAAGCUGAUGAAGAGCAUCUUAGAUUGACCGAUAAGAGCUCUAAUGCAGUAAAUAGCCUUGAAAAACAAUUGAGUUUCCAAAAAAGUGUUGAUGUUAAAUCAGCAUCUCCAAGAACCAGUUCUCUUGAAAAUGAUUCAAAGUUUCAUGUUGAUAAGAAAAAAGCGAAGGACUUUUUCGAUGGUAGCAUCUCCUGGAUAAGUGGCCAGGAAACUGGUGGGGAUGAUUCUGUUGAGAGAGUCAUAAAAUACAUUCUCUCUGAUCCUAUGCAUGUGGUGACCAAGAGAUUUCAUGAGAUGCCCACUAGAUACAUAAUUAGGCUGAAGGAAAACAUACGACUGAUAAUGAUGAACAUGGAUAAGAAUGUAAAACUUUGUGUUUUUCAAGAUGCUCUACAGCACAGGACUGAUAUAACAUUGGAAUUGCUUACAAAAUCUCAUCGUGCUCAGUUGGAGAUCUUGGUCGCACUAAAAACUGGACAUUCUGAUUUCCUUCAGCUGGACAACAACAGCAUCUCUUCUACCCAUUUAGCUGAGAUCUACAUGAACAUGAGAUGCAAAAAUCUUUCUUGUGGGAUUCUUGUGCCUGUGGAUGAAUGCGAUUGCAGGGUUUGUUCAAGGAAGGAUGGAUUUUGUAGUGCCUGCAUGUGUCUUGUGUGCUCAAAUUUUGAUAUGGCAUCAAACACAUGUAGCUGGGUUGGGUGUGAUGUGUGUCUUCACUGGUGCCACACGGAUUGUGCGAUACAAAAGUCUUUCAUGCGAAAUGGGAUCAAUGCUUCUGGUGCUCCAGGAAUGACUGAGAUGCAAUUCCAUUGUGUCGCUUGUGAGCAUCCCUCAGAGAUGUUUGGCUUUGUCAAAGAAGUGUUUCUGAAUUUUGCCAGAGAAUGGAAAUUCGAGCGUUUCUGCAAGGAACUAGAGUAUGUCAGUAAGAUAUUUUCAUCAAGCAAAGACUUAAGAGGGAAACAACUGAGACAAGCUGCUGAUGCAAUCUUAGCAAGGUUGAAGAGUAAAUUGAUAGACCUUUCUGAAGCUUGCAAUCGGAUAUUGGGUUUCAUUUCAGACUGUGAUUCCACCUCUGCUCCUGGUGAAACUUGUGCACCGUUCAGAUACGAACAGCCAAAACCUAGGCAUGAGAGGGGAAGCCCAAGUCUGGACACGGCGUGGCUGAGGUCGGUCUGCUCAGAUAAACCGGACCAUCAGAUUAAAAGGUCAGCAAGUGUAGUUAGUGCGUUCCACAGAGAGAGACAAGGUGAAAUAUGUGGAGUGGGGACGGGAAUGGUAAAGGGAUCAUUACCAAAAGAACCUCGUUUCGAAGAACUAGAGAGCAUCGUGAGAAUGAAGCAAGCAGAGGCAGAGAUGUUCCAAGGGCGGGCAGAUGAUGCAAGAAGAGAAGCAGAUGGGCUGAAACGAAUAGCAAUAGCAAAAAAGGAGAAGAUAGAAGAGGAGUACAAGAGGAGAAUUGGGAAGCUGAGUAUGGACGAGGCAGAGGAGAGAAGGGGGAGGAUGCAGGAGGAGCUGGAGGCAAUGGAGAGAGGGCAGAGAGAGUUUUAUGAAAUGAGGAUGAGAAUGGAGGAAGAGAUGAGAGGGCUUCUCACCAAAAUGGAAGUGACGAAGCAUAGUCUGGCCUUGUAA